AGUUACUAUUUAUAGAGUCUAUAUUUUGGGUAUAAAUAAUUUAAUAAGGAAACGGAGCAUAACAUAGAAAAUGUAAACUAUACGGACAAGUAAAAUGGAAAUAUGAAUUCAAGUAAUCACCACUGUGACAAUUCUAAACCGAGGGAAUAUAAGAUUGUCAUUUUAGGCGAUGGUGGAGUUGGCAAAAGUGCACUUGUGAUACAGUUUGUAUACCACAGAUUUCUUGACUACCAUGAUCCAACGAUAGAGGAUUCCUAUCAGAAACAGGCCAGGAUAGAUGGAGAGCCAGCUCUGUUGGAUAUUCUAGAUACAGCUGGACAGCCUGAAUUUAACACAAUGAGGGAACAGUAUAUGAGGAAAGGAGAAGGUUUUAUAUUGUGUUAUUCUAUUACUGAUAGGAGAAGUUAUGAUGAAAUGUUAACUUAUAAGAAACUGAUCAAUCAAGUGAGGUGUAGAGAUGAUAUACCAGUUAUUCUAGUCGGAAAUAAAUGUGAUCUUCAUGAGAAAAGAAAGGUCACACCAGAUGAAGGCAUUGCUUUAUCUCAUCAGUUUAAAUGUCCAUUUUAUGAAACUUCAGCAGUAACAAGACAGUGUGUAGAUGACAUAUUUCUUUCACUUAUAAGAGAGAUUCGUAAUGUGGAGAGGGAAUAUUCUGAUGAUAAACCAAAGAAGCACAGACGUGGGAAAGGACUCAGAACAUUCAUCAAAAAGUUAAACCCAUUCAGACAGACCCGUCAAUCAUAGUCAGCUUCAAAAAAUAUUCUCAUGCAUUUAUACAAGAAGAUUUUAAUAUAUACUGUGUAUGUACUUCAUAUCAAAAAGGGUAGAUACAUCAUAGAUUGCUCAUUCAAUGUUAGACAUAUUUAUAACCUUACUUUCUGCUGUGGCACUUUACUCCUUGUUUUAUACUUUAAAAAAAUUUUUCAGACAAGAUAGAAAGAUUUGAUGAUACAAAAGGGGAGACUGUUCAAUGAUUAUUUCAUCUGUGCUUUAACUGUAAAUGUUGCAACCAGUAACAUGUAGAAUAGCAAAAUGAACAAAGGCUUUGUUUUAUGUUUUGAAUUAACAAUAUUCAUAACAAAAAGGGGAAAAGAUACCAAGUGGGCAAUAAAAAAAAAAUAAGUCAAGAAAAAAGACCACACCAUAGCCAGAAGGAAAUGGAUGAACAGUCCAUGAAAACUAAAGGUUGAGCAGUACGAAUCCAUACAAAAACUUGGGUUGAUCUCUGGAAGGGUAGGCAGUUCCUGCUUUACUAUUUAUACCUGCCAUUACUCCUGUUGAAAUAUGUUGAUUGCUCAUCAUACAAGGAGUAAAAAGCCACAUACCACAUUGUAAAUUUUCUGAAAGACAAAGUCAUGCUACAUGUACUAACAAAUAUGCAUAAAAUUUAUGUGAUGUUGGUUUUACUAUUUAUUUGUUAUUUUUGUUAUUUCAGUUCUACUGCAUAAUGCAGCAUUUUUUCUGUUUUCCAAGUACAUUGUAACAAGUUUUGAAGAAUUGUAUAUUUCGAUAUGUGAUCAUUUUGCAAAUUCAUGUAAAUUAAUACGCAGAAAUUGAGUUGUAUUACCUAAAGCUUUCAAUAUAUAUCUUUAUAUACAACCGCAAAAAAAUUUUUGGGAUCGUAUAAUGGUAUGAUGUCGUCGUCUGCGUCGUCAUCCGAAGACACAUUGGUUUCCGGACAAUAACUUAAGUUUAAGUGAAUGGAUCUCUAUGAAAUUUUUUAAGAAGGUUUAAUACCACAAAAGGAAGGUUGGGAUUGAUUGUGGGGAUGAUGGUCCCAACAGUUUAGGAAUUAAGGGCCCAAAUGGGCCCAAAACAAGCAUUUUUCUAGUUUCAGGAUAAUAACUUGUGUAUAAGUAUUUCAAUUGCUCUGAAAUUGUACCACAAUGUUUAAUACCACAAGUAGAAGGUUGGGAUUUAUUUUAGGGGUUAUGGGGCCAACAGUUUAGGAAUUAAGGACCAAAAAGGGGCCAAAAACAAGCAUUUUUCUAGUUUCCAGACAAUAACUUGUGUGUAAGUGUAUGGAUCUCUCUGACAUUGUACCACAAGGUUCCAUAUAACAAAGGGAAGGCUGUGAUUGAGUUCGGGGUUAAUUGCCCCAAACAUGUAGGAAUUAGGGGCCAAAAAAGGGCCAAAAACAAGCAUUUUUCUAGUUUCCAGACAAUAACUUGUGUUUAAGUGUAUGGAUCUCUCUGAAAUUGUACUACAAUGUUCCAUACUACGAAAGGAAAGGCUGGGAUUGAGUUUUGGGGUUAUUGCUCCAAGGGGGUUUUCAAAAAAUUGGGGGGGAUUUUUUUCCCUAUUUUUUUAAGGGAUUCAUAUUUUUUUUUCAAAAUUUUUCAAAUUUUGAAUUUUUGAAAAGUUUCAAGAAGAAAUCUUCAAUCGACAAUAUUGCGCAAUAUAUUUGUAAGAUCUUUGACCACAUUUAUUUUGUGUCAGAAACCUAUAUUAUGUCAAAAAUUUGAUCACAAUCCAAAUUCAGACAGUAUCAAGCUUGAAUAUUGUGUCCAAAUUUGCCCAAACUGUUCAGGGUUCGACCUCUGCGGUCGUAUCAGGCUGCGCUCAGCGAAGCAUUUUAUUAUAUAAUUCAUAGCAACCGGAAUAAGCUUUGGUGGUAGUAUCACACAUUAUUAUUGCAUACUUUGAGUUCAGAAAUAAAUUUGAUAUUUUUAAUGCAAAAUAUGAGACAUGAUAAACAUCAGAAUAAUUAAAACACACAUUUUGACCUUUGUUAGUUAUUUUGUACUUAAGUAUUUACUACAAUCACAUUAAUAAAUCUAGCAAUAUUGUUAGCUAUCAACAUGAUCAAAAAUUUAUAAUAAUAAAUGCACUUAUUUAUUUGUGUAUUUACAUUAUUUUCUAAUGUUUUUUGACAAAUAAACCUUAAUUGUUUUUAUAAAGCAAUUUCAUUUGUUCUACAUCGAUCUUAACAUUUGAGUUUUGUUUAAGAAAGGAUAAAAGAUGAAGGUUUGCUCUGAAAACUAACCUUUUUAACUUAUCUGAAACUUUGUUUAAAACAAAAAUGCCUUCUCUAAAAUUGGACUGAAUAUAUUUGACUUAUUAUAGAUUAAAAUAUAAAGUCAACACAAGGUAAAAUUUGGAGCUGUUUGUGAUUUUUGUGAAGCCUGCAACAUUUAUGUAUCGAAAGUGAGACAUAGGGAUCCUAGAUUCCAUCUUUGGAGUUUUCAACAUUAAGGUUUAGUCUGCUUGUUUAUGACCAAAAGACAGUAUCCAGGGCAAAAUUUUGAAAAUAUUUAUGUUCAUUUUUCCGUAUUUUACUGAUAAAUGGAGUAAGUUUUUUUACAGUUAACAAGUAGAUACAAUCUGAGGUUAAAGUUUUUCAGUCAUCAAUAACUUUGUCAAACCUUCAUGGCAUUUUAGGAAAUUUGGACAGAAGCUUGAUUAUGACCAAAAGACAGUAUCCAGGGCAAAAUUUUGAAAAUAUUUAUUUUCAUUUUUCGUAUUUUACUGAUAAAUGGACAGUUUUUUUUUACAGGUAACAAGUAGAACUAGUUAACAAGCAUAUACAGUCUGAGGUUAAAGUUUUUCAGUCAUCAAUCACUUUGUCAAACCUUCAUAGGAAAUUUGGACAGAAGCUUAGUUAUAACAAAAUACAAUAUUUAGAGCAAAAUUUUGAAAAUAUUUAAUUUCAUUUUUCCGAAUUUAACUUAUAAAUGGACUUAAUUUUUUUUACAUUUUACAAGUAGAUGCAGCCUGGGGUUAAAGUUUGUUACACAUCAAUUACUUUAUCAAACCUUCAUAGAAUUAUUUGAAUAAUUGGCAGAAGCUUUUUAUGAUUAGAGAUAAUGUCUAAAGCAAACUUUUGAAAUUUUUUUUUUUUUCAUUUUCAGUAUUUUUCUGAUAGACGGACUUUUUUUUACAGUUCACAUUUACAGACAGUCUGGGAUUAUACCUUUUUUAACAUGAUACAUUUGUAAACCUUCAUGGAUUUUUAUGAAACUUGAACAAAAACUAAUCUUCAAGACCAUGAAAUAGCAUCUAUUGAAAAAGUUUGAAAUUUAAAAAAAAAUCUGUAUUUUACUGAUAAAUGGACUCACUUUUUAAGUCACCAUUACACUUUUACACUGACAGCAGCAAUCAUAGGCGAGACACAGGGUUCUACAGAACCCCUUACAAAUUUUUACGUUUAUCCUUGAUAUUUAAAAAUUACUGAUAAUGAAAAUAUUCUGAUUGGUGGAUUUAUUAUCGACUUAUCAAAUCACAUAGAAAAAUACAAUUUCCAUUUUAUAAAACUCUUUUUCUGGUGGAGGAUAUUUUUUCCUUGGUUUUGAUAUAUGUAUUCUCUUAGAAGUUGUAGUGAAACACACCUGAUUGAUUGGGAUUCUGAUACCUUAAAACAAAUUUAACCAAACCAAUUUGUCUCAAAAUUCUCCUACCAGGCAAAGAACAUAUAUAGCUAAUGGUUGCUUGUGAUUCAGAAAUCUCUGCAGAUGAUUGCUAGAUUGUUAAUUGCUUUAUCACGUUUGAUUUCCAGAACUGGUUAUACUUUUUUCUUUCUUGAUAGAAGUUGUGUAUUAGAAGAGAUUUUUGAUAUCAAAAGAAUCAUUUAUAAAGUUGAUUCUUUAAUGAUGAAUUGUUAGAUAUAAAAUCAAAUGUGUCAAAAGUUGUAGCAAAAUAAUUACAAAUUAUUAACAAAUUAACAACUGCAAAGAUGUUAAAGGAAUAAAGUACGAAAAUAAAGCGGAUAAGGAAUAAAAUCCAAAAAUGAAAUUGUAGAAUAAAAUACAAAAAAAAAAUGUUUAUAGGAAUAAAAUACUUAAACAAAAUGGUUAAAGGAAUAAAACACUGUACAAAGUGGGUAAGUAAAGAAAUAAAAUACAAAAGUAAUGUGCGUAAAGGAUUGAAAUACAAAAAUAAAAAAACUGGUCAACCACAAAGUUUAAAAAGUAAAAAAAUUAAAGCAUAAAAGUUUAUAAAAAAAAACAACUUAUAAAGCACAAUAGAACAAAAGCUAAAAGACGAUAUAGGAAAAUUUGAAAAGUUUCUUUGGAAGUGGAAAAGUAAGAACUAAAACUUCUGUAAAACUAAAUUCAAAUCCAGUCUUCAUCAUAACUUAUUUUAAAGAAAGCAGUAGAUCAUGUGCAAUAUAAUGUUUUUUAAGCAGAAGUGAUAUGAAAGAAUUGGGCUAUGAGCUAGCAUAAUACAUAUAGAACACAGUAUUAUGGUUAUGCUAAUUGUUAUGAUUUAUACAUAGGAAGCCAUCUUAUAUUCUGUGUUAAUGUUCAUAUGUUUGAGUUUCCUCCAUAAUAUAGUUGUUUGUAAUGAAUACUUUUGAUUUUUAUUAAUCAUUGUCAUGUUAGUAACUGAGAAUAAAUAGUGGAGCAUUGAGACAAGAAAUAAUCUUUUCAUCUUACCAGAUGUAUACUAUUUUUUUCAAUGUUAUAUUAUCAUCUGUUUAGAAAGAAAUCUUAAAUGCUUUAGUUGUAUGGUCUCCGAUCACUACUGACCAUGGACAAAUUACCUCUGAGUAAAAUGUGUCUUUUGUAUAGUUUUAUUUAUUAAACAUGCGUUUUUUAUGUAAAUUUAUAUAUAAAAAAACAUACCAGACUUUCAAAUUUACAUAAAAAAGAGCUGAAAUUUUGUUUGCUAAAUGAGUUUUUAUACUACUAACCUUUAACUUAAUUUCAUUUUGUGAUUUUUAUACAAAGUACCUUAUACUGUUUGAAUUUGUGGAACACUUUGAAAUUACUUCUUACAAGUUUAGCCACUUUAAUUGUUGGUUCCCUAUUGGGAAAGUCUAUCUGAAUGUCAAAAGGAAUUUCAGUGCUUAAGGGUAAAAAAGGAAUUUACUGUAAACAUAUUUAUUUUUGUGUUCACAAAUUUUUACCGUUUCCUUUUUAAAAACAGAUCGCUUGUGCAAUAUUUGCUUUUAGGUUUUUAAAUAUUAUGAUGUAGCCUUCUGCCAGUCCACAUUUUUCAAUAUACUUUUUUGAGAAAAACUAAUAUACUCAUCAGAAUAAAAACGGACACCUACUCCAUGAAUUUUUUUGGAGGAAGAAUUUAUAUUGCAUACAACUUUUAAAGAGUGAUCAAAAUGAGUAAAAAUUCUGACAUUAUAAUUCUAGGGUUGUAAACAUCAAAUUCUAUUAAAGUAAAGGAUUUUUUUUAAUUUUCAGUUCUGACUUAAAAUUAAAAAAGAAAAAGUUGAAAACUUAUCUUAGACUUGCGAUUUUUGACUUAUUUGGAAAAUAUACACAUUUUGUCACUAAAAUGAAAAUAUCUCUGUAAACCUGUUGAUUAAAUUUAAUGUUUUGCUUAAAAUUAACCACAGUUUAAAGAACUUAUGAAACUACUGUGUAAACAAAAGAAGUAGUUUGUUAUUUGUGUUAUUGUUUAUUCUUCAAGAAAAAUGGUUCUUUCACAAUGUUUUUAUUUUUACAGUUUUAUUUGAAUCUUGUUUUAUUUAUUAUUUGUUUGCUUAAUUUUGAAUUUUUAUACUAUAUGAAAUUUUGUGAUGGCACUAGGGUAAAGAUCUGGAGUCAGUAAAGUCUUUUGAAUCACUGAAUAUUUAAAUCUAUGAAAAGUCAAAAAUAGGAGAUAUGAUAAGAGCUUAGAUAUAGAACCUUUAAUUUGAGAUGUAGUAAAAAUCCUGAAUCCUUUUAAAAAUAGGUGAAUUUUAUUCAUAAAGAAUAUUUAAAGCAUAACUACUCUAAUAAUUUAAAUAUUGAAAAUUACUUUAAUAGGGUGACCAAACAACACAUUGAUUCAUGAAUGGCCAUAGUGCAUGAGUGGGUUAUCAAUGUUUUUCUGUCUCAAGUUGAAUAUUUUUUGUAUUUUUUUCUUGGAAAAAUUAUAUUUUUUGUUACAUUUACUAUAAAUGUAAAUAAAGUAGUAGAUGCAAGGAACUACAUAUUUUACUACGCAUUCCCACUUCAUUUUUAUACAACAUCACUACUUAAUUUGAUUCAAAAUAUUUCAAAAAUUUAUUCUAGUCUUAAUUCAGUAUUGAAAAAUACCUAUUGAUGUAUGAUGUCAAAGGUGAAUAUUUUAUCAAAUGUUGAAAUGACAGUUUUUAUUUAACAGGGAAAUCACAGUAUUUCAUUGCAACCAAAAAAAUAAAAUUGUAUAAUCUGAUCACUUUUUAUCACCUGCAUAAUUUAUGACUAUUAUAACUUUUCUGGAAGUUUACACUUUCUUUUUGAAAAAAACAUAUUAGUAUAAAAAUUCUCUGACAUAUUUUCCUUAGGGUUUCAUUUUUCGACAGAAUAAACACACUAGUGUGAAGAAGAAAUACACAAGUGCAUUUCAUGUACAGGAAUUUCUACAUGCCUGCAUGAAAGUACCCUUACAACAUAUAAGUUUGAUUGUUAUUAUGGAAGCAAAAUAUUAUGGUACAGUUGUCUGUAAUGGUAUUCAUCUUUAAUUUCUUGAAAGAGGAAAUGUUAAGAGCUGAUCCUAUAAGCAUUGAGUACUGACAGUUAAAACUGCCUUAUUCAUGUUUGUUUUGAAAAAGAAUCAAAACAUAGUAAUUUAAUGCUGACACUAGGUAUUUAAAUGCAGUGCCUUGUUUGAGUUUUUGUUAAUGUUAGUCUUAAAAUAUUGUUCUUUUUUCUGUUUAGAUAUUUUUGUGCAAUAGUAUUCUAUUUAUUUAACAAAGUUUGUUCAAUAAAAAGUAUUUAAAAUAA